AUGUAUUUGUGUCCAGAAACGAAGACAGACUUCCAUCUGAUGCCGAAAAACACGGAAAUUGAGUGCUCCCCUAGCCAUGACGGUGGGUCAUGCUCGAUUGGUCAGGCGUCGUCGUUUCAGGAUAACGGGUCUAAUAUUGAGACGACUGAGCCGCUCGCUCUGUCACGGCUUAAGGAGUAUUCGCGUGAUGCUAUCUCUGAAUUCUUUGGGACUAUGAUCUUGGUACUCUUCGGGAAUGGAGUUAUUGCACAGGUCUUGCUUAGCCAUGGACAGAAAGGCGAUUAUCAGUCAAUAUCAUGGGGAUGGGGGUUAGGUGUUAUGCUCGGGGUGUAUACCAGUGGUGCCUCCGGAGCUCAUAUCAACCCGGCAGUCACCUUUGCAAACUGUGUUCUCAGACAAUUCCCAUGGCGCAAAUUUCCUCUCUAUGCUGCGGCGCAGGUCCUGGGUGCCAUGUGCGGGGCAGCUAUCGUGUAUGGCAACUAUAAAUCUGCGAUAGAUGACUACGAAGGCGGACCAGGGAAACGCACCGUGCCCGGAUACUCAGACACCGCAACAGGGGGCAUAUUCUGUACUUACCCGGUAGAUUUUAUGACGAAGGCAGGCCAGUUCUUCUCGGAGUUUCUGGCUAGUGCGAUAUUGAUGUUCAUGAUAUUCGCACUGAAAGACGACGGCAGCCUCGGAGUAGGACAACUGACACCGCUAGGACUAUUCUUUGUGAUAUUCGGCAUAGGAGCCUGCUUUGGCUGGGAGACAGGGUAUGCGAUCAAUUUGGCUAGAGAUUUUGGACCCCGCCUAGUCUCUUACAUGCUUGGGUAUGGACAAGAGGUCUGGAAAGCUGGGAACUACUUCUUCUGGGUCCCAAUGGUGGCGCCUUUUCUGGGUUGCACUUUUGGUGGAUGCGUCUACGACUUAUUCCUGUAUACAGGUCAUGAUAGCUCGAUUAAUAUGCCAUGGUUGGGAAUCAUGCGAUUGGUCAAGAUGUUCCGGCAAAAUGGCGUGCAUCUUCAAAGUCAUGUUUGA